AUGGGACUUGCUGGAUAUUAUAGAAAAUAUGUGGAAGGGUUUUCCAAGAUAGCGGCACCAAUUACCUCACUUCAGAAAAAGGAAAAAAGGUUUGAAUGGACUGAGAAGUGUGAGGAAUCAUUUCAACUCCUGAAGCAGAAAUUGACAACAGCACCAGUAUUAACAAUACCAGAUCCCAACGGACAUUUUGUAGUAAAUACAAAUGCCUCGAGUGAAGGUGUGGGAGCAGUGUUGAUGCAAGAAGGAAAGUUGUGGUUGGGAUGGUUUAGUCGAAAGUCUUCUAAGUGCUGGAGAACUAAUUUUCUGAAACAUUUCCUCAUAUUGGUCUGGUUUGAGUUUUCUGCUAUAUUUUACCCUGGCGGUAUUCUCUACUUCUUGGUUGGUUUUUUCCCUACUGGACACACGAAUUCAUUAGAACAUCAAUGGUAUUGUUUGGCUGCUUUAGAAUGCCACAUACAGGGUGUAGCAAGAAUCGAUAGUUCUACAGAACCUUCCGCUGGUGUUAAUGCAGUACUCACAACUCCAUUGUCCCUUGAUGGUGGAUGGAGAUUUGGGUUGGAAGGGCAGAAGCAGAAAAACUUUGUGAGCAGAGUUUUUAAUCUAUUCAAAUGUAUCAGACCAGGCUCUGAUCUAACUAAGUUCCAGCUGCCCCCACAGUUCAAUUUGCCCAAAUCACAGCUCCAACUUUUUGCGGAGAGUGUGUACUGCUAUUCUGAAGACUUACUAAGCAAGUGUGCACAAGGAGAAACUGCUGUGGAAAGGUUCAAUUCUGUGGUUGCAUGGAGUAUCUCUACUACCAGACCUCCAAUCUUUGGGAAAGCUCCAUACAAUCCCAUUCUUGGGGAAACUCACCAUGUCUCCUCUGGGAACCUCAAUGUGCUUCUUGAGCAGGUAUCACAUCAUCCGCCUGUAAGUGCCUUGCAUGCAACCAAUGAAUCCCAAAAGCUGGAAUUGAAUUGGUGGCAGUGUCCUCGACCUCAAUUCUAUGGAAGAUCAGUUGAAGCCACAGUCCAUGGGAAAAGAGAGCUGAAGUUGCUGGAAUUGGGUGAAACUUAUGAGAUGAAUUGUCCUCAGCUACGCGUAAAUUUCUUUCCCUUUCCAACAAUUGAAUGGAUUGGUAAUGUAGAAAUCCAGUGCAAGCAAACUGGAUUGAAGGCAAACUUAUCUUACAAAGGAAAAUCCUUCUUUGGUCUCAAGGGAUCCAACACUAGAAUCUGUGGAAGUAUCGGCCGAUACUUCCCUUCUCAAGACGUACUUUAUGAGCUACAUGGAGAUUGGGAUGGAACUGUCACGCUGAAAGACAUUAGCACGGGAAAGAUGAGCGUAUUAUACGAUGCAAAGGAAGUCAUUUCAAAUUUGAAAACUCCCAUCAUUCAUAAUGAGGAGGGAAUUGCCCCAACAGAAUCAGCUUUGAUUUGGUCGGAGGUGAGCAAGGGGAUGUUGAAAGGAGAUUGGAAUAGCGCUGCAGAAGCCAAAGUAAGAGUGGAAGAAGAACAACGAAAUCUUAAAAGACAAAGGGAAAGCAGUGGAAGGACGUGGAGUCCAAAGCACUUCAUUAGAAAAGGAGAUGGAUGGGACUAUUUGCAUACUCCAAGAUUUGUUCCACCUGCUCCCAUUAUUGUACCAUAAAAUCAAAAGAGAUGUCUUGCUGGAAAUCGAAUAGUGUUUUAUGCACCGAUUUCUUGAGCAUUUUGUCUGAAGUGUUUGUCAUUUUAUAAGUAUACCUUUAAAAAUGAAAAGAAAUAUUUUCAGACCUA